GCUUUUCCAACAACAUCUAUUUUGUCCUUGUUGUUGCUAACAUGGAUACGGACACAAAUUCAUCCGAUUCAAAAUCGGCACGUUCUAAACCGGUGGAAACUCUCGUUAUGGCCAAUUAUGCGGCUAAAGCAGAACAAAAACGCAUUGGCGUCGGCAGCGGUCGUAAAGAGGAUGAACGUAUUACGACGGCUGUUAUGAAGGUGUUAGAAGGAUACGAUUGGAAUUUGGUGCAAGCGACCGCAAAAGUUCCUUCAGAUCGUAAAAAGGAUCACAUUAAGCGACCCAUGAAUGCUUUUAUGGUCUGGGCACAAGCUGCACGUCGAGUGAUGUCCAAGCAGUACCCUCAUCUACAAAACUCAGAAUUAAGUAAAUCACUAGGAAAGUUAUGGAAAAAUUUGAAGGAAUCUGACAAAAAGCCGUUUAUGGAAUUUGCCGAAAAGUUGCGACUCACACACAAGCAGGAACAUCCGGACUACAAAUAUCAGCCACGGCGCAAAAAAGCGCGCACUCUCACAGCCAGUGGCGUACAGUGCGAUGAUGCGCUUAAUGCUGUGACAACCACACUUACGCCCGGCAAACUGACGGACGCAGCAACAGCACCGCUACAAUUGACAGCAGACUGUGCACACACAGGCACAUUUCUGCCCAAGAGUUCCAGUGGAACGGGUGGUCGAAAAGCAAUGGGCAGUAGUGGCACCACAACCGCAAGCCGCCUUAAUGGACGUAUCACAAAGCAAACGUCACAACAGGGAAAUAUCAGCAGAAUCGAAGAAUUGGGUGCCUAUAACACUGACCCAAAUUUUCACAGUAAUAUCAGUGAAAUCACGUGUGCUGCCGACAUGCUUAAUAGCGAAGCAUUUAUCAACUCAUUGAACAACGCAUGCGCGGCUUCAUUGCACAACGCUGCCAAUGGUGGCCUCAUGACGGAGUUGGCGGGACUUGAUUUUGGGCAGCAGCAACUGGCACAGCAGCAACGUUAUGAUUACGCGCGUCCAAUGGAUUCACCCUGCUCAACGGCCAGCUCGCUACAGUCGACCGGUGCAAGCACCUCGGCUGACGGACAACCUCUCACACCGCCUGCCACACCUUACACACUAAGCAGUAGCAGUUUAUUGAGCGCCAAUCUGAACGGCAAACGUACUCCUACACACGGGCAAACACAGCCUCAGAAACUUUUGCAGCCCUCGAGUGAGUCUGUUGCGGGGCGUGCCGAUUUGGCUGUCGGCUAUGGUGUGCUAGUGGAUGGGGCGCGCGAAUACAUAUCUUUGGAUGAGAGCUCAUACAGUGCAGGCCUUUUGGAUUUUCCGCGUUCCGCCAGCGAAAUUCUGGCAGCCAAUGAGUUGGCUUCGCCACACUAUCAAAGCGCGGCUGCUAGCUCUAUGCAUCCCGGGCGCGUUUAUGGUGUAGAUGCCACUGAGAGCGAUAGCUUUGGCACUUAUUCAGCAGGCCAAUAUCUCGGCUACAAUUGUGGCCCCAACAGCACUGAUGAUUGCAACUCGCCACAUUCCAUUGGAGUGCUAAAUUACUUGGAAUCCUGCGCGGCGACAUCGGCAUCUGCUGCGAUCAACAACAACAGCAGCAGCAGCGGCAACAAAACACCCCUACUAUGUGCAACGGCACAUAGCUACAUGGCGCCAAACUCAAUGAGCAACAGCGAUAUUGAUCCAAAGGAAAUUGACCAAUAUCUCAUGGAACAAGUGAUGCCAAUGACACAGACCUCAGGCACACAAUUGCCACUCCACACGGUAUCUGCCGUGGCAACAGCUCCCCCAUCGAUAACUUCAAUUGCAUCCGCAGUAAACGUCCGUUGUACAACAAUAACAAAAGCGCCGCCAGCCCCAACAACAAUGCCAGGCAACAGCUCAUGCAUAACAUCUAUAGCUGGCAGCGGCAAUGGCAGCAAAAGCAAUAAUUCAACGAAAUCCUCUGCCUCAUUUCAACUGCUCUACAAAUCACAUUUGCAGCAGCAGGAACAACAACAACAACGUGAUGUUUUAGAACUGCAACCGCUGAAUACGACAACACCCUCAUCAACAAAAACAACGACAACAAAGUUAUCCUCCUCAGUAAUAACGAACGGUGGAAGUGCGAGCAAAUGUGGUUCCGUCAAUAGCAGCAACAACAAUAACAACAACAACAGUAAUAGUGGAAGCCAUUCCGCCAACGCCGGUAAUUGCUUUUAUGCGAGUGGCAUUGAUAUGGACACGACAGCGUUGGCCGUACCCCAUGGCUUUCACCAGCACUAUGGCCAGCAUCAUCACCUCGCAAAUCAUCAGCAGCAGCAGCAGCAGCAGCAGCAGCAGCAACAACAUGCUUCACCGCUGCAUCAGGCACAACACGACCAAAAUCAGGCACAUCAACAACAACAAUACGCCUGGGGUAGUUAUGUCAGUCCAUAAUCGGCUUUAUUUCGUGCACGACCAACUGAUCCGCUUUCAAUAGCUACUUAUUUACCUCAUCGUCCGUUGCCUCGCCCGUUUCGCAUUUUUCCUGAUAUGCUGGCGCGUUCAUUCGAUUUUCCUCCAUGAGAAUUCCUUUUAUGCUUAGCAAGUAGCAGAGCUUUACACAAACACACUCCUCCAAGCCGGUUGCUGGGUCGGCCCAAGAUUUGAGGAUUCGGUUCGCCAACUUGGUGUUUCAGAAAUUCGACAUUGCCAAUCGCCUGUUAUCGUUCGUUUUAGGAUUUGACCGACGUAAUCGCAUUUCAACUCGCCUGAUUGGUUACCAGCCCAAUUUAACGACGGGAUUUUCAUACACGGCCGCGGUAAAAUCCAAUACGCGCAUCGUUGAUUCUCAAUUACGAAUGAACUGCUAUCACUGACGCCUGAAAUUAGAAAGU